AUGUUAAUUGAUUACGUGAAUGGGAUUGAUAAUUUCUUGAGAUUUGCAUACAACAAUAGAGAUGAAAGUUUAUCGAUUAGUUGUCCAUGUCGAUUUUGUAGUAAUCGAUACAAUUUUUCACGAGAGGUUGUAAGGGAGCAUCUUAUUUCCAAUGGGUUCGUAAAAAAGUACAAAAAUUGGAUUCAUCAUGGGGAAUCCUAUGUCCAAUUACAUGGUAACCAAGAAAACCAAACAUUAAUGGCGGAUUCAGUGACUAGAGAUGAUGUGGUUGGGAUGGUACAAGAGGCCCUGGGAAUUCCACAUAUGGGUGUUGAGAAUGAUGAACCAACUGCAAGUGAUCCAGACCAAGCAGGGGCAAGUGAUCCAAGCCAUGUAGAGGAAGAUGAUCCGGUUCAGAUAGGGGCAAAUGACGAAACUUUGAAAUAUUUUAAACUUUUGAAAGAUGCACAAACUGAUCUGUACCCGGGGUGUCACAAAUUUACUUCAUUAUCAUUCAUUGUUCGAAUUUUGCAUAUGAAGGUGCUCAAUCAAUGGACUGACAAGCCCGUUGACAUGUUACUUGAACUUUUGAAUGAGGCUUUUCCUACGGGCACAAAACUUCCAAGCUCAUAUUAUCAAGCUCAGAAGGUUACUACAGAUUUGGGUUUCACAUAUGAGACUUUUGAUGCUUGCCCCAAUAGUUGUAUGUUGUUCAGAAAGGAGGAUACAAAGCUUGAUAAAUGUGUUAUAUGCAAUAGUUCUAGAUGGAAACAAAAUGGUGGUGUUGGAAAUGAUGAAAGGAAAUCUGGAAAACGGGUAGCAGCAAAACAGAUGAGGUAUUUCCCUUUGAAGCCAAGGUUGCAGAGAUUGUUUAUGUCAUCGAAAACGGCAAAGCUCAUGAGAUGGCAUGCGGAAGAACGAGUUGAUGAUGGUGUGUUAAGGCAUCCUGCUGACUCCCUCGCAUGGAAGGACUUUGAUCGGCGAAACACUUGUUUUGCUAGUAAUAGUCGUAAUGUACGUCUUGGGUUAGCUACAGAUGGAUUCAACCCAUUUAGAUCAAUGAACAUAAUUUAUAGCACUUGGCUAAUUGUGUUGAUUCCGUAUAAUUUACCACCAUGGAUGUGCAUGAAACAACCAAAUCUGAUUUUGUCUGUGCUGAUUGAUGGGCCAAAAGGACCUGGCGAUAAGAUCGAUGUGUAUUUGCAACCAUUGAUUGAAGAGUUGAAGGAAUUAUGA